CCGGAAGGCGGCGCGGGCCGGGGCGGGCGCGGGGCGGGUCGGCGCCUUUGUGUGAGCCGGGCCGGGAUGGUGCGGGGCGCCGGGCGGAGCCCCUUGCCCUGCCAGUUCCUGCUCCCACCGCGGAUGAAAGCGUGAAGGCCGAGCUGACCAGGAGAAGGGACUCUUAAGCAGCUGCUAAGAUGGGCAUGAGGAUCAAGCUGCACAGCACCAACCACCCCAACAACCUGCUGAAGGAACUCAACAAGUGCCGGCUCUCCGAGACCAUGUGCGACGUCACCAUCCUGGUGGGCUCCCGCUCCUUCGCCGCGCACAAGGCCGUGCUGGCCUGCGCCGCCGGCUACUUCCAGAACCUCUUCCUCAACACGGGGCUGGACGCUGCCAGGACCUACGUGGUGGAUUUCAUCACGCCGGCCAACUUUGAGAAGAUCCUGAGCUUUGUGUACACCUCGGAGCUCUUCACCGACCUCAUCAACGUGGGCGUCAUCUAUGAGGUGGCGGAGCGGCUGGGCAUGGAGGAUCUGCUGCAGGCCUGCCACUCCACCUUCCCCGACCUGGAGAGCUCGGCCAUCACCAAGCAGCCCGCCCUGAAUGUGGGGGAAGGCCGGGCUGGGCCGCUGAGCAGCACCUCCUCGGAGCAGAGCCACUCUUUGGGGGACAUGCGGAGCAGCGCGGAGCACUUCGGCCCCGAGCGGAAUUUCCUCCUGCACGGGGACGUGGUGGGCGGCUACAAAGAGGAUGACAGGAGUGCCGUGGGUGAGGCCAGCCAGGCUCUCCCCCUGAUGCACCCACAGCAGCCUCCCAAGACAGAGCAGGAGUCGGAUCCGGGACAGUUCGCCCCGGUCGUGGCUCUGGGGGCCCAGCCCGCUGGGAAUGUCGUGGCACAGACCACCGGCAGCUCCUGCCCUCAGUACAAGGCCCAGAGCAACGGCGACUACGGCAAGGGCAGCUUCUUCCCCACUGACCCCUCCCUGGACGUCUCCACGGGGAGCAAUUCCUGCCCCAGCAACAGCGACCACUCCAAGGAGCAGGGAUUCGAGCAGAUGGAUGAGCUCCAGCUGGAGGAUUUGGGAGAGGCCGAGCUGCAUUUUGAGGAUGCUGGAGAGGAGCUGGUCCCGUCUGAGGAAGUGAUUGAGCUGAGCGAUGACAGCGAGGAGGAACUGGCCUUCGAGAGCGACAGCCGGGACAGCAAGGCCAUGCCCUGCCAGGUGUGCAAGAAGGUGCUGGAGCCCAACAUCCAGCUGAUCCGCCAGCACGCCAGGGACCACGUCGACCUGCUGACAGGGAACUGCAAAGUCUGCGAGACCCACUUCCAGGACCGCAACUCCAGGGUCACUCACGUGCUGUCCCACAUCGGCAUCUUCCUCUUCUCCUGCGACAUGUGCGAGACCAAGUUUUUCACCCAGUGGCAGCUGACGCUGCACCGGCGGGACGGGGUCUUUGACAACAACGUGGUCGUCCACCCCAGUGACCCGCUGCCGGGGAAGGUGGCCGUGUUUGGGGGGGGACCGGGCCCCGAGCUGGCCUGCGCUGCCUGCGGGAAGCCCUUGGCCAGAGAUUUCCACACGGUCCGCAGCCACCUGCUGGAGCACGUGAACCUGAAGAGCCAGACGUGCUGCGUGUGCGACCAGCGGCACCUGAGCCUCUGCAGCCUGCUCUGGCACACCCUGUCCCACCUGGGCAUCUCCGUCUUCUCCUGCUCCGUCUGCGCCAGCAGCUUCGUGGACCGGCAGCUCCUGGAGAAGCACCUGGCCGUGCACCAGCACGUGGAGGAGGCUCUUUUCCAGUGCCACUUCUGCAGCCAGAGCUUCAAGCUGGAAGCCGCCUAUCGCUACCACGUCAGCCAGCACAAGUGCGGGGGCAGCCUGGACAUCCGGGCGGGAUUUGGGGAGCGCCUGCAGCCGCAGGGGCUGCCCAAGAGGAAACUGCCCGAGGAGUUCCUGAGCGAAGAGCUGGCGCUGCAGAACCAGCCGGGGAACAGCAAGUACAGCUGCAAGGUGUGCGGCAAGAGGUUCGCCCACACCAGCGAGUUCAACUACCACCGGCGCAUCCACACCGGGGAGAAGCCGUACCAGUGCAAGGUGUGCCACAAGUUCUUCCGCGGGCGCUCCACCAUCAAGUGCCACCUGCGGACGCACUCGGGGGCCCUCAUGUAUCGCUGCACCGUGUGUGGCCACUACAGCUCCACGCUCAACCUGAUGAGCAAGCACAUAGGGGUGCACAAGGGCAGCCUCCCGCCGGACUUCACCAUCGAACAGACUUUCAUGUACAUCAUCCAUUCCAAAGAGGCUGAGAAAAACACGGAUAGCUGAUGGGGCGCGGCUGGCGGAGGAGUGUUAAUGGUGGGAGCUGUGGCGGAGGAAAAGGAAAAACAAAAAAGAAAAAAAGAGCUGUUUUGUUUUAUUUAAUGGUCAGGCAUCAUGGAUGGAAUUCUUUUUUGGUUUUGGUUUAAUUUUUUUUUUUAAUUUUUAUUUUUGGGCCUUCCUAGGGCUUUUUAGAUUGGUGGCGUUGUACAAAUUAACAGCACGUGAGGUACAUCACUGUUUCAAGGAGUCUGUCGUGUUUACUUACCUCUGGUCCUGUUAGAGGCCAUCGAGUUCUGUGCUUUUAGCAUUUCUCACUAGUUUUUGAGUCUAGAUUCUAUUUUUUUUUUUGAGCCUUUUAGCCCACUUGACCAGGCUAACCCUGAGCUUGUCCACAAACUGAUGCUGCUAAGAUUUUCACACCUGACCUCAGUGGAGAGGGACAGAGCCAGAGCAGGCGCUGGACUCGAAGGAAAGGAACAAAAGAGAAAAGAAAAAAGGAAAGAAAAAGACAUUCUGGGCAUCCCUGGUGUUCUGCUGCUACUGCCAGGAGACGAGCAAAGUGUGCUCUGGGAUCGGCCAUUGCUGCGUUGCUGGGGAGAGGAGCAGGGAGCACCUGAGUGUGUAACCAAGGAGGGAUCCCAGCAGGGAACCAGGAGCAGGGGAGUCACAGAUCCCCAGGCCGUGUUUGCUCUGCCGUGGCUGGGACUCGCUCAGGAGGAGCUGAAGGAGCCACACAACCUCGCUGCAGAGCUGGGCAGAGAUGGCUGCGUGAGCACGGGGAUCUCCUGUAGGACUGGAGAGGGAGGGGAAGCAGGUCCGUGCUCCUUGUGGGGUGAUUUGUGGUGGCCACAGAGAGCCAGGAGUCUCCUGGCUCUGCUCUGCCCCAGCCUCACGCUGUGCCCGGGGCAGACAAGUCAGGAUGAAGCUGUUGCCUUAACUCCCUGGAAGGAGAGGGACCCUUCUCCUGCCAGAGGGAUCCUCCCCCCUCCCACGCCCUGCAUCGCCACAUCCCGGACGUGUUCUGGUGGCAAACGUGUGUGCUGGGAGAGAUGGGAGUUUGUUCAUGGAGUGGGAGCCACAGCGAGGGCUUGGCCUCUCCUGCUGUGUGCUGGGCACUUCUGGGGGCUCCCCUGGGUGUGGGGGGCUCUCCUGGGCAUGGAGGGGUUCUUCUGGGCAUGGAGGGGCUCUCCUGGGCAUGGAGAGGUUCUCCUGGGCAUGGAGGGGCUCUCCUGGGCAUGGAGGGGCUCUCCUGGGCAUGGGGGGGCUCUCCUGGGUGUGGGGGGCUCUCCUGGGCAUGGAGGGGUUCUUCUGGGCAUGGGGGGGCUCUCCUGGGCAUGGGGGGGCUCCCCUGGGCAUGGAAGAGCUCUCCUGGGCAUAUGGAGGGGGUCCACUGGGUGUGGGGCACUCCUCUGGGCAUGGUGGGGCUCUCUUGGGCAUGGAGAGGCUCCCCUGGGCAUGGAGGGGCUCUCCUGGGCAUGGGGGGGCUCCCCUGGGUGUGGGGGGCUCUCCUGGGCAUGGAGAGGCUCUGCUGGGUGUGGGGCACUCCUCUGGGCAUGGAGGGGCUCUCUUGGGCAUGGAGGGGCUCUCCCCCUCUAAGUUUUGGUGCCCCUGGGUGCAGGAGGCUCUUCUGGCAUGGGGAGCUGUCCUGGACCCGUGUCAGGCUCUCCUGGGCACAGGGGUCUCUCUUGGCCCCGUGUCAGGUCCACCUCAGCAUGGGGGGCUCUUCUGGCCACUCCUGAGGGUCUCUCCAGCGAGGUCAGCUGGUGCCAACACUGGGAAGGGCACGGAUUAGCUUCUCCCCUGGCUAUCCUGCUGUGGGGCAGGGGUGGGGAGGAACAGAUAUUUCCAAACUGGGACUGCCCUCGGGUAACUCAUUCUACCUCACGAACAAGGAAGCGCUGGGGGCUCUGCAGCCUCGGUGGUCGCGGAUCCGCUCCUGCGCUUCUGUCACGUUUUACUGUUGCAGAACUAAAACUGAACUAAACAAAACUAAACUAGUGAUUUGCAAACCCUGGGAAGUCGCCCCGCUGCCCCCUCCCUGCGAAGGGACACCCAGGAAGGGACACCUGGGAAGGGCCAUCCUGCAGUGGGGCUGGACUCGGGGGGCUCAGAGCACCCGGGGGUCUCUCCUCCAGCUCCGCCGUGGCCUUGGGCAAGUCACUUCACCUCUUUGCCUCAGUUUCCUCAUCUGUAAAAUGAGGGUGGUACCUCCCGUGGUACCGACCUACCUCCGGGAGCGGGGAGGGUGCCUGGAGCCUGGCUUUGGAGGGGUGGAGGCACCAGAGCCAAGGUCAGCUCUGAGUUCUGAGCUCCAGGCUCGUGGUGCUGGGGUCACUGUGGAGCUGUGCUGAGCUGUGUCAGGUUUUACAGAGAAAGGGUCAUUUUGGGAAUGGCGUGGUGCUCUGGGCAGUGUGGGAGCUGGUGGUGCUUCGCUGUGGGCUCCUCUGAGCUGCUCCCUGGGUUCCAGGGUUUGUGUCGUGGGAUUGUGGGAUGGAUGAGGCUGGAAGGGACCGUGGGGGUCACCCAGUCCCACCCCCUGCUCGUGCAGGGUCCCCUGGAGCGUGGAACUCAGGGCUGUGCCAGGUUGGGGACAGGCUGGGGACGGGCACAGGGACAGGGAUGGACACGACCUGCUCUGCUCUGGAGGUGGCUGUGAAGGGUUUGAGGGAUAGACAAGGCUGGGAGAGCCUUGAGACCCUCCUGGAAUAUUCCAGAAGUCGUGGUGAGCUUCAGGGAGGGUCUCUGCAGCCCUGGAUCUCAUUAAGGUGAAAAGCAAAAGCCUUUUGUGCACAUAAACCAAAAAGAGAAGCUUUUACACCGGAACACCAACGGGCACAGCCAGCCCUUGCUCCUGCCUGGGGGGGAAAGCAGGAGCCCCCCGCUUGCUGCUGCCUCUGAUCCAGGGAAUUUCUGUUUGCUUGGGUUAAAGUGGAUCAUUCCCACAUGGAACACCCCAGAUCAGCAGUGGAGGGGCUGCAGGGAUGGGUCUGGACCUGCUGCUGCUGCUCCUGGGGGUGAUUCCCAGAGGGCUCAGAGACCUGAGCGGGGGUCCUGGCAGCUCCCGAGCCUUCAGGGGCUGGCAGGGAUGUCACCCCUGUCCCCAGCCUGCCUGGCAGCUCCUGCUCUGUGCUGGGACAGCCAGAGCAGUGUUUCCACGCCAGAUUUUGUUCCUUCUCCACCACCAUGGGCAAACCUGGCUCUCUCCUGUCCCCGCUGCCCUUGGUGGCUGUGGGGACACCAACCUACCUCCCCUGGGGCAGCCUGAGGUGUUUGCAAAGUGCUUUGGGAUGCUGGGGUAGGAGAGGGAGCUGCAGAGGGGAAAUUCUGGCAGCAUCCAGGUCACGGAGCCUCCUGGGGAGCCCAGACAGAGAAUCCCCCUGCUCCGAGCCCAGGCUCCCUCCCAUCCCCACACAAAAUUCACUUUCCCUGUUCUCUGCAUCCAGGUCUGUCAUCAGAGUAAUUGAGCAGAUGAAGAAAGAACAAGAGUUGAACUUGCUGUCUAACCUUUUCGUUAAGUUAAUCGUAGGUACUGACCUCCUGCUAUUUAAGUGUUUACUAUCUAUUUGCUGUAAAGUUUUGUAUAUUUUGUAAACUUCCCCCCCCACCACCCCCCAAAUCGUAGAUGUCUAAAAUCGUUGUACAUCGGGUUCUUUUCUACUCCAUUGUUCAGCACAAAGUGUGGUUUUUAUUUAGAAUAAUAAAAUGGAAAACACUGA